UUACAGAGCAAUAUAAAUAUUGUGUUUCCCCACGGAAAAUAAAUGACAGAGCACCAAAAUGGCGACCUCCUUACUUCGGCUAGGGCGACUGGGGUCUCUCAAGGUUCUCCAGAAAGAGACCUGGGGCCUUUUGAGGAGCUCCUCUGCCGCGGCAUUCUGCACCAAGGCUGAGGAGCCAAAGAAAGCUGUUAAAAAGGCAACGGCUACAAAGACCUCAGAAGAGAGGGCUGCACUACAAGCUUGCAACACCACGGUUGCCUUCCCCGUUAAGCUUUCAGCCUCAGGACUUUCCCCAGCACAGGCUCUAGGUGAAAUUGAAUCAGUGGCUAGCCCCGUCACUGCUGAAACAAUAAUAGCCGCAGCUGCAGAACCAGCUACCUUUACCACUUCUGCAAACCGUGCUGACUCUAUGCCUGCUGAAACUGCUGUGGCUGAAGGAACUGCUAGUCCUGCUGUAGAUGUGGCCGCUCCAGUCAUAGCGGUGGCUAAGUCUGCCCCUGCUUCUGAGAGUGUUGCAGAGAUCACAUCCCUUGUCACAGAGGAGGCCGCAGCACCAGAGACACCAGUAGUAGAAUCCACUACGCCAGUUGCCAAGGCCGCAGUAGUCACUGACGCUGUUGCAGAGGCUCCUUCAGUUGCUGAGGCUGUCGCCAGUGAAGCCACCCCAGUUGAAGCAGUUGUGGCAGAGGCUCCUUCAGUUGCGGAGGCUGUCGCCGAACCUGCUCCAGUCGCUGACAUUGCUGCUCCCAUCGUCGAUUCUGCUCAACCUGUAAUCGACGCUGCCACCGAAGUCACGGAUGCCGCUCCCCCAGUUGCUGAGCCUGUCGUUGCUGAUGAAGCUCCCGCGCCAGAAGACAUUCCAGUUUCAGCCUCUGCCGAUCCACCUGUAGUUGAUGCUGCAGCCUCCACUGAACCUGGAGCCCCAGCCGUUGAAUCCUCAUCCAGUGAUUCUGACUCCUCCGACUCUGACACCGACUCUGAUGAGAUGUCCGAAGUGAAAUCAAAGGCAAAACCAGAUAUCUUAGCAGAAAAAAAGAAAGACGCAGAAAAGGAAGCAGUGGCUUUGCCCAGCGAUGCUGAGGUGGCAGUGCCGUCUGAUGCCAUCCUUGUGGCCACUGCUAAAGCUGUGCAAGAAGCUACACCUGCAGCGCCUCUGAACGCCGUUGCUGAAACUGUCAAGGAAGAAGCACCAGAAGUUGUAGCCGAAGCAGCAUCAGAAGUCACCAAAGAAGUUCAAGCGACCGCUUCAGAAGUUGCAAGUGCUGAGCUGGUUGACCCCACCUCUGUCCUGGAAGCAGCCCCAGUGAAAGCUACCCUGGAAGUUGUUCCUGAAACUGUCCUGGAAGCAGCCCCAGUGAAAGCUACCCUGGAAGCAGCCCCAGUGAAAGCUACCCUGGAAGCAGCCCCAGUGAAAGCUACCCUGGAAGUUGGCCCUGAAACUGCCCCUGCUACAAGUUUUGAGGAGCUAGUAGACUCUGCCCCUGCGAUCGCUAGUGUACCCAAAGAGAUUUUUGCAGAAGCUGCUCCAGAGGUUGAAGUGAUGCCUCCAGAAGUCACAGCUGCACUAGAAGUCACUCCAAAAGUUGUACCGGAAGCGGCAGAAGAAGCAUCUGAAGCUGCCCCUGUAGAAGUUGCUGCUGAAACCCCUGUUGAACCUACGGCGGAAGACGCAGCGGCCGUUGCUAAAGCUGCCCCAGUUGAAGCCGCAGCAGAGGUGCUGGUAGACAUCGCCCCUGUAGUGGCUGAAGCCGCAGGAGAGGAGCUGYUAGACAACGCCCCUGUAGUGGCUGAAGCCGCAGGAGAGGAGCUGAUUGCAGAGGCCCUGGCUGAGGCAGAACCGAAUGAGACAUCAGAGGAGGCGGCAGCUGCACCCCCAGAGCCAGCCCCAGAGCCAGCCCCAGAGCCAGCCCCCGAGCCUUUCGACAACAGCACUUAUAAGAACCUCCAGCACCACAACUACAACCACUACACCUUCGCAGACUUGGACCUGGAGAUGGCCAAGUACCGUCUGCCCCAGCCCUCCUCUGGUAGACCCUCCCCCAGGCACUGAGACAGACUGGAACCCAGGCCCCAUGUCCGCAGACAGCAUGUCCCUGAUCCCGCUGACCACCCCAUGUCUUUAUUAGAAUAAUAAUGAUUUUGCCUUGUACUUUAUGAUCCCUAAGAUGUGCUUGUAAUUCUGUUUAUAAGAAAUCGUAUAUUAAACUACACAAAAGGGA